AUGAGGGCUAUAAGAUCCUGUUCACAUUUUCCAUAUCUCUACUUCCUAGAAAAUACUGGUCUGGAGAUACAGAUAUUGAGAGUGAAAUGGUUUACAACUGCUUUCAAUCGCAAAAUAAUAAAAUUGGGAUUGGAUUGCUCCAGAUUCUGGAUCGCUUGGUUCAAUGCUGGUGUCAUUAUAAGCAUUAUACUUUUGCCGAUAGCUGUUAUCAUUAUUUUGAAGAUGACAUUUAACAUGUGGCUAGCUGGAUCCUCAAGUGAUAAUUCAGGAGCUAUAUUAGAACCCAUGUUACCAGGCGUGGAUAUUCCUUUCAAUGAAAUUGGCUAUUACGUAACAACACUAGCAAUAUGUAGUAUAUUUCAUGAACUAGGGCAUGCUCUUGCUGCAGCGAGAGAGGAUGUACAGUUGUUUGGUUUAGGAAUUGUGAUUGUUUUCACCAUUCCAAUAGCUUACGUGCAUAUAAGCAAUGAACAAUUAGUUGCAUUGCCAUUAAGAAAUCAGCUACGUAUUGCGUGCGCAGGAAUUUGGCAUAAUAUUAUUCUUGCUACAAUAACUGCAGCAAUUCUUGUUUUUUCUACAUGGCUAUGGGCACCACUUUAUAACAUUAGCUCUGGGGUUUAUGUAAAAAUUAUUUUACCUAAUUCACCCAUAUUAGGACCAACUGGUCUUUUGGAGUAUGAUGUAAUAUACAAGUUAAAUAAUUGUCCUGUAAAGCACAGCGAGGAUUGGUAUGAUUGUAUGCUGCAAGCAGUACAGCAUUCUGCUCCUGGCUAUUGUGUUAAGCAAUCAUUUGUUCAGGAUUAUGACGAGUCAGUACCAGCUAAGCAGAAAACAAAUGGUGCUGUGAAUUGUUGUACAACUGACAGUGAAAUAAAUGGCAAUCUGUGUUUUGAAUAUAUUGAAGGACCGCAAACUGCUCCUCUUCACUUACCUCCGCAUUCUUGCCUUCCAGUAAGGACGAUGCUUAACCAGUCACAGAAUUUCUGUCAAGCUAGUCACGAGUGUUUAUCUCACGAUACUCAUUGUAUGAAACCUUCUUUAGAUAAUGUCACAAAGAUUAUACAAAUAAAAAGAAAAAUGGGCAAGGAUGUAUUAUUCUUUGGUCAUCCAGCAGAUAUUUACAGGACUGUUGAUGUAUCAGAUUGGGUGCCAAAAUAUUCUUUCUUAUAUCCUGAAUUACCCGAGUCCUUUGCGCUACUUUGCAAAUAUAUUACAGUAUUUUCAGCAGGGUUAGCAAUCAUUAAUAUUGUGCCUUGCUUCUUUCUAGAUGGUCAAUAUAUUCUGAAUAUAAUUGUACUUUAUUUAUUGAACUCCAUGCCACAUAAUAGAAAUAUCAGAGAAAGCACAGUACUUACAAUAACAAGUAUAGGUACAUUACUUUUUAUAACAAACUUAAUGUAUUUGCUUAUUAAUAAAUUAUUGUAAGUUAAUCAUA